GCAGACGCAGGUGGUUUGGCUUUGGCUUUCCGCUCGUCUUCGUCUCCCUCCUCAUAUUUUUCCCCACCUCCGGCCAAUACCAAUAAUAAUCCAAUCCCCAAAAUCUCAAAAUUCCAUUGCUUCCCGUAUUUGGCGUUGCUCCACUGAUUCGAUUGGCGUCACCUUCAUCAAUCGAUCGCUGCAGACUGCAGUUGGUUCCCUCCUCUCCUGCCAACGACCACGAGCCCUAGUUUAGGCCGCCCCCAAAUCUACUGCCAUCCCCGACUAGUAUCCCAUUUCUCUUGAUUUUAAGGGAUCCUGAGGGGGAUGCUUCCUCUACUCUGCUGCAGCAACGCUUGACAAGGCUAUCACAUCCAAUCCAAUGGUGCACUGCUGACCAACUUCAGUGUCGGGAUAUCCAUGUCUGACCAUCAAUUUGCCGGCCAACCAGAUGUGCAGUGCCUAGUUUGCACAAGGCCGUUUACUUUGGAUGCUCAGGUGACUGAUACCUUUGAAGCUUUAGCCAUAUGCAGGGACUGCAAGGCCACAGUACUUAACGAUGUCGAAAGAGAUGAAAUAACCAGCACUUCUCAUCACACAAGACGGAGAAGGCAGAGAUCCAGGACUGCAAGUAUUGAUUCCCUGGAGGACGCAUUCUCGCAGGAGUUCUCUCAGCUGAUCGACUUAGCAAGAAGACAAGGUCGUGAAACGGAUAUUGAUUCUUCGUCAGUCCUGCCGCAACAUGCGUCGUACAAUGCGACACCAAGCCACUCUCAAAGAUGGCAUGCUUCAGAUGACGAGAGCGACGGCCUUAAUUAUGUUGAUUCUGUGUUUGGUGAAAUUGAAUCAACCAUCAGUUUUGGUGACUAUGGUGCGGAUUCAGACACCUCCAUAGAGGAACAUAGUGUAUCGGCAAGGAGGAGGAUUUCCAUUCAACUUGACAAUGGAAGUUACAUGAACACAGAUACCGAUAUUGAUCCCAUGAAUGCUAGGCUGGAUCAGUGGGAUUCAGAUGACCAGGAAGAUGUGGAAGAGUCUGGUUUUGAUGAAACAAUAAACACCAUGACCCAGCACCAGCAGCAAUCACAUGAUAUUCAGCUAAGUGGAUUGAGUGAGGACGAAUCUGAAGAUGGUGUAUGGAAUUGGAGCGUGGCUGUACGUCAAAGAGCAAACGUGACAAACUUGCUAGAGGACAUGGAAGGGCCAGAAAUGAGGACAACUUUUGUCGGGAAUCCAGAUGAUUAUGUUGAUGCAAGGCAGUUCGAGAUGCUCCUUGAGCAAUUUGCUGAGGACAACAGUUCCAGAAGAGGAGCUCCACCAGCUGCUACAUCCUUUAUUGAAAAUCUCCCCUCUGUGAUUAUCUCCACAAGUCAUCAGAUAAAUGAUGAUGUGAUCUGUCCGGUCUGCAAAGAUCCAAUUCCUACCAGAGCUAGAGCAAAACAGCUACCAUGCAUGCAUCUUUAUCAUUCAUCGUGCAUCUUGCCAUGGUUUAGUUCUAGAAAUACAUGUCCUGUCUGCCGAUAUGAGCUUCCUACAGAUGAUGCAGAGUAUGAAAGGUCCAAGCAAGCCACAACCAAUGUAAGAGACAUUCAGGUUGUGGAAGAAAAUUCUGAUGAACAAGAGGUCCAGGUAACUCGUCAGAUGGCUGUUGGUGCUAUCGAAGAGACUAAUACAAGUGAACACAAUGUUCGUGUUGAUGAGCAACCAAGCAGUGCACGCAGGCGCAGUGGAUGGCUUUUUAUUGCUGCUGCUCCAGUCGUAAGCCUUAUCGGUUUCGCUCUAGUUUUAUGCUUUACAAAUCCUGCUAGGAGUGGUAGAAGGCAACUGUACUGUAGAUCCCCAAGUGCCACUGAAGUACAUGUGGGUACCAAAAAGAGUUGGUGGUCUAUGUUCUAGAAUGUUCCGGCGGUACAUCUGAUAACAAAAUGACUAUAUAUGGUGGUGCGUGAUUGUUUCUUUAGAAUAGUUUUAUUUUAAAAUUUUCAAAUGUUGUAGUUGCUGCAGUGACCGGUCGGAGUGUUGUAAAAGAAUUCACAUGCCUAGUUUCUUCUGCUACUUUGCUCAGUCAAGAAAAGUGUGUAUUGAUACUUGCUAUUUGUUUAACAUAUAUGUGCCAUUGGAUA